GGCUGGGUGCUGGGGGAGAUGGAGGCGGUGGCGGAGGAGAGGAGGAGGGGGGCGGAGGAGGAGGCGGCGGCGAGGAGGGCGGCAGAGGAGGAGGAGGAGGCGAGGAGGAGGGCGGCAGAGGAGGGAGAAGGCGCUGGAGGAGAGGCGGCGGGAGGCGUGAGGCCGCCGGCACCCCCACCACCCCCACCUCCUCCCCUUCCCCCGCAGCCCCCUCUGGCGGUGUUGCCGCUGGGCACAGGCAACGACCUGGCGCGUGUGUUGGGUUGGGGCGGCGGUGUUGCCGCUCUGGAGGCGCGGGGCGGGCUGGCUGCUGUGCUGGCGGAGGUGGCGGGGGCGGCGCCCACCCCGCUGGACAGAUGGGGGCUGCAGGUGACGGUGCGGCAGCAGGAGGACAAGCGCCUGGGUCGCUCCUUCCUGCCCCGCCGCCGCCAGCCCCCCGCCACCCCCCCGCUGCCCAGGAGCCCCCCGCUGGUGGUGACACAGGUCAAGGUGUUCAACAACUACCUGGGGGUGGGGAUCGACAGCUGGUGCGCACUGGAGUUCCACAGGAUGCGCGAGCGCUACCCCGGCUGGUUCCGCUCGCAGCUGGGCAACAAGAUGUGGUACACGGGGGUGGGCGCGCGGGACCUGCUGGCCAGGUCGUGUGUGGACCUACCCAGCAGGAUGCAGCUGGUGUGCGACGGCUCCCCCGUCCCCCUCCCCCCGGGCACGCAGGGGGUGCUGCUGCUCAACAUACCCUCCUACAUGGGCGGCGUAAACCUGUGGGCGGGAGGGGUGGGGCAGCAGCAGGGGCAGCAGGGGCCGCAGCACACGGCCCUGCACGGCGCUGCAUGGGGCGAGGAGGAGGGCGGGGGGCAGCACCCGCACCCGCACCUGCACCGCCAUGCACUGGCGCGAGCAGGAGAGGAGCCCCACCCCGCAGGGCCCCCCCUGCACCCCGCCGACCCGCCCGCACCCACACCCACAACCGCAGCCAGCGCCGCCCCUCCCAUCGGCACCACCACCACCACCCACCCACAAGGCCCCAGCAGCGUCAGCACCGACCCGCAGCCGCACUCCCUCCAGCCCGCCGCCUCCUCCCCUCCCGGCGCCCUGCCGCCUCCCCCUCCCGCUCCUCCUCCUCCCCGCCCCCGCGUGCCCCAGAGCCUGAGUGACGGCGUGCUUGAGGUGGUGGCGGUGUUCGGCGCGGUGCACCUGGGCAAGCUGCAGGUGGGGCUGGCGCGGGCCACUCGGCUGGGGCAGUGCCGCAGCGCGCGCAUCACCACCAGCCAGGAGCUGCCCAUGCAGGUGGAUGGGGAGCCCUGGAUGCAGCCGCCCGCGCAGCUGAGCAUCAGCCUCAAGUGUUCCGCCCCCGUGUUGCGCCGUCUGGACCUGAGUGACGCCGCCUCCCGCCUCACCGCCGCGGUGGGGGAGGUGCUGGAGGCGGCGGUGGCGGCCGGCACCCUGACAGCGGCGCAGCGGCGGCAGCUGGGGGAGCAGCUGGCCAGGAGGCUGGGGGCGCCACAUGCGGU